CAUGUUGACAUAUGGCGGGAAAUAAGGUUUGAUUAGGAUGCCAGGAUAGAUUAACGAUGUCGACAGACUUGAUUAAUCAAUUUAAGGAGAAAUUUACAAAAUGUUUUCGCAGAUUUGUCUUUGAUUAUGUAAAACAAGAGUUUGAUCACCUUAUUUUACGUAAUUGCAACGGCACGGGGCCGUGGUCUUUCAGCGACGCAACGGUUGAAUAUGUUAAAGGAAAAACCUUCCCUGUACAUGUGUGGAUUAGAAGUGUCUAUUUGGAUCUUGCCCGCAAAUUGUUGAUUCCAGAGAGCAUAUAUACAACAGAGGAGAAUCAAAUGUUCAAGUGUUUCAUCGAAGCCAAUAAACAUCAACAGUGUCUUGCACAGUUACUCAGAACAGAAGGAAAAAUCAAAGCAGAAAAGAUCAAGUGUCUUCUGGCCAUGCACUACUUCAAACCAUUGGCUUUUAAUGGUGAAUAUAUUGUCGACAGUUGCCAUGGAUAUAGAAAAUGUGAACUGUGUAAUGAACCAGUCAAGGCUGAUCAAAAACUGACCUCCUUUGGAAACAGUUUAGUAUGGCAUGGUCAAGCUGAUAUAUUUGUAGCAAGAAGUGUUGUUAAAAUUGAGCUAGAAGAAGCACUCAAUAACAUGAGCCUGAAAGAAGAUGAAGAGGAGGAAGGUGUUGAAGAUAGUAAAUAUUCAAGCAUGGCUGAGGAAUCCAAAGAAGAAGUUAAAACACUAUCACAUGCGAUUGCAGAAGCAAUUGUAAAUGCCUUUUGUGAAUCAAGAGGAGAUGAGUCAUUGUUUGACAAAUUUAUUCCCUCAUUCUUGGCAACAGAAAAAAAUAUCAGAAUUAUUCUGUAUAACUGUAAGUUUGAUAAACUUCUUUUAAGUACUGAAUUUCCAAUUUGGGAUGGCAAGCAAUUGAAUAUCAAAACAAUGAUGCAAGUGUGGCUAACAAUUAACUUUUUGGAGAAGAUGAAUAAUCUGCCCUGUGCUCUUGAUAAUUCACAGGAAUCUAAGUUCAAAGAGGUUGUUGGAGAAAACUAUGGAAUAUACUUGAGAAGCAUGACACGGCCAACUACAAUAUUAGAGCCUAGGGAUUUGGUACAUAUGGAAUUAGAUAAAGCAGACCUCAAAUUAAUAAUGGACACUAAUUUAGAAUUUUUUAAGAUGUAUGAAAGCCUGUCUGAAUCUGGAUCCUGAUCUUUGUGUCUAUUUGAAAUAGCAUGAUGAUCUCUUAUUUUGAACAUUGUUUUAGACAGAUAAAUAUGUUGGCAGAUAUUAAAGCAAUUUUACUAUUA